AUGCCCGCCGCCGCCACGCUCACCAUCCCCCAGACGCCCUCCAGAUCACGCUCCGCCUCGCAGCCCAACGUCGCCUCCAUCCCGGAGGACGCCGCCCUCGACACCACCCCCCGCCGCCUCGCAGCCCGUUCUGCCACAGUCCGUUCCCACUCCUCCAACAACGUCAGGGCACCCAACCCCUUCCAGCCCAGCCCCAAUGCAGACUCCCCCUCCCUCCGCGCAAGCAAGGGCAGAGCAAGGAGCUCCAGUCUCGUCACCGUCACCGAGGUCGGGGGCGAUGACCCGGACAACGUCGUAGAUAGGCUCGGCGCGGGUAACAAUGAGAAUGCGGCGUGGGUCAAUGCCCCUGGCGCUUGGUUGAUCCAUCCCGUCUUGAUCUGUUGCGGCAAGCUCUUGAUUGAUGCCAUCCCGGGCAUGACCCAUGAUGUCAGCUGGACCAUCGUCAAUCUGAGCUACAUCACCUUUUCGUUCAUCAUGUUUCACCACGUCACCGGUCUUCCUUUUGAGUCGACCAUGUCUACUUCGGGCGCCUACGACGACCUUACUCUCUGGGAGCAAAUCGACUCUGGUGCCCAGUACACCCCGGCCAAAAAGUGGCUGACGAGUGUGCCAAUUUUGCUGUUCUUGAUCUCGACCCAUUACACCCGCUACGAUUACGUCCUCUUUGCACUCAACUUUGCCGCGUUAAUCUUUGUACUUUUCCCCAAGCUUCCUAUACUGCACCGUUUGCGCUUUCACUUUACGGUCAAUAACGCAACGGAUAUUCCGUCCACCCCCAACCCCUCCCGCCCGCCUUCACCCUCCAUCCAUCGUUCGAUCACAGCCAGAUAA